UUAAAAUCAAAAGUUUACAGAAAUGCUCUCUCUUGUUCUAAACUCCAUUAAAGUGCUCAAAAGUAGUUAAUAGUUAACAAUUAACAACAUGAUGACUUGCAUCAUGAAAGGGAAUGCUUUCAAAUGGAACAGUGUUUUAAGAGGAUUCCUGGAAAGUAAUGCUCCAAGAAAAGUACUUUUAGGUUAUGCAUGCAUGAGAAGGAGAGGUCUGAACAUUGAUAGUCACACACUAGGGUUUGUCAUCAAGGCUUGUGGUCUCUUCAUGAUUAGUGUUACUGGAUGUGAACAAGUGCAUUCACAAGUUCUUAAAUUAGGGUUUGAAUCAGAGGUUGUAAUACAGACUGCAGUUUUGAAGAUGUAUGGAACUUUUGGAGAUUUUGUCUCUGCACAGAAGGUGUUUGAUGAAACUCCCCAAAGAGAUGUGGUUCUGUGGAAUGCUCUUGUUUCUUUAUAUGCCCAAAGAAAUCACCCAUAUGAAGCCAUUCUAGGUGCACAUGCCAUGAUUGCAGAGGAUGUUAGGCCUAAUGAAGUCACUGUGGUUAGUGUUGCAUCUGCUUGUUGUCAAUUGAAGGCUCUGCAACAAGGGAAGUUGUUGCAUGCAUAUGCAAUAAAGAAUCUUUUAGGAUUUGAUAUGAUAUUGAGUAAUGCGUUGAUCGAUAUGUAUGCAAAGUGUGGGUGUUUAUCUAGUGCUCGACGGCUUUUUGGGAUGAUUAGAAGUAGGAAUGUGAUCACUUGGACUUCCAUGAUCAGUGGUUAUUGUUAUAAUGGUUUUUUGCAUGAGGCUGUGGCAAUGUUUAAGGAAAUGCAGGCAGUGCAUGUGAGAGCAGAUGAAGUGACCAUGUUAGGUAUGGUUUCUACGUGCGCGAAAAUGGGAGAUUCAGAGUUAGGGAAUUGGGUUGAUCAGUACAUCGAAAAGAAUGGAUACAUGGAUAGUGUUUGUAUGGUGAAUGCUCUCAUUGAUAUGCACAGUAAGUGUGGAAAUAUAGAGAAGGCGUGUCAGAUUUUUGAAGAGAUGAAGGUGAGAACUCUCGUUUCUUGGACUUCAAUGAUACAAGGAUUGGCACUACAUGGUCAUGGUGUUGAGGCCCUUGUUCGGUUCUCACAGAUGCAGAGGGAGGGAUUUAAGCCUGAUAAAGUUGUCUUUCUUAAUGUUCUGAAUGCUUGUAGUCAUGCAGGGUUAGCAAUGGAGGGAAUGCAGUGCUUCAAAUCUAUGAUUGAGGAACAUGGUGUGGAUCCUUGGAUGGAGCACUAUGGAAGCAUGGUGGAUCUAUUAUGCAAAGUGGGAUUAGUGAAGGAUGCUUUUGAUUUCAUAAUGAGUAUGCCCAUCAAACCAGAUCCUGUGAUAUGGCGAGCGCUGAUCAGAGCUUGUCAAGAUCAAGGAGAGGCUGAUUUAGCAAGUCAGGCACUGUCGAGAUUGUUCGAGUUAGAACCUGAGCAUAGUGGAAACUACAUACUGAAAUCGAAUUUUCUUGCGACAAUUGAAGAGUGGGAUAGUGUCAAGGAAGUAAGAGAUGACAUGGCAAUCACCAGAAUAGCUAAAAGGGAUCCGGGUUUCAGUUCAAUUGAGGUAUCAUGACAAGCAGGAAAAGAAUUCAAGUUUAGAACUCAGAAGCAAAACAAAAAUCAAAGAUAAGUCUAUAAAUCUUACAACAUAUUCAGCAAUGCUAUCAUAUCCAAGAACAACAUCAGCCAAAUU